AUGGCCGAGGCCAUCACCUACGCGGACCUGCGGUUUGUCAAGGCCCCCCUAAAGAAUGUCGCCUGCCAACUGGGCCAAGAUGUGGAUGAGGACGGGGACAUCACCUAUGAGAAUGUACAGGUGUGCCCGGCCCCGGGGGCCCUUGCCAGCCUGGCUUCCUCAGGACCAGGGGACAAUGCAGGUCCCUGCACAGGGCUGGGCUCCGAGCAGCAUCCCUCUCCCUGGCCUUCAGUGACACCCCUGGCCACUGGGCGGGUCCUAUGUGGCCGAGCCAUCUGCACAAAGUACGUCCUUCUGGGCCUGCUCCUCGGCUGCCUGCUCCUGGGGGUGGCCGCCAUCGGCCUGGGGGUACGCUAUCUGCAGGUGUCUCAGCAGCUCCAGCGGGUGCACAGGAAUUUGGAAUUCACCAACAGCAGCCUGGGGCAGCAGCUCCACGAGGCAGAAGCAAAACUGAAGCAGCAGGAGGAGGAGCUGCAGGAGACCAAGCAGGAGCUGAUCCAGAGUAAGAUGUCCCUAAACAAAGUGCAGCAGGACAGUUGGAACACCCAAGGGCAGUUGGACGACUGCCACAAGGAGCGGGACGAGACAAGGGCCACUUUGCAGAGUGAACAGACACAGAGGAGUAGCUUGGAGCAGAGGCUGGAUAGCAUGAGGGACAAGCUGAGGCGACUCUUCACUUGUACCAGCCCAGACUCCUGCUGUCCUGUGGGAUGGAUACCAAGCAAGGGCCCCAAGAGGGUUUGCUUUCACUUCUCACCUACAAAGAGAACUUGGCAAGAGAGUCAAGAGUAUUGUAGAUCUCUGUCAUCUGAGCUGGCCACCAACGAUAAUUUCUAUUCAAUUUCAUAUAUUAGUGAUGCCUUAUAUUCACUGUUGGAGCACCUUCCCAGGCCUGGAUUUUGUUGGAUUAGCUACAGAUACAUGAGUUAUGGUAAAAUGUAA